AUGCAGGCACUGUCCCUGUUGCUGGCGACUGGUCUCGCCCACGCCUAUACUGUCACUAAUGUCGACUUCCUCAUGUUCAAGAAUAUCGAUCCGAUUGUCUUUCCGGGUCAGUAUGUCAGCCAUAUGCACAGUUUCUUCGGUUCUGAUGCGGUGAACGUCAACACCUCCGACUCCGAGGAGCUACGACAGGGGGUUCCUACACUCUAUCUUGUCGAUAAUACGAAAAAUGAGACCCACCAGCCUCUCGUGCCCAUGCGAUUUAGCGCCUACUACGAGGACCUGGACAGCGCCGAGAUCCCAUUCCCGGAAAAUUACCAGAUCAUGGCCGGAAAUGCCUCCGCCACUACUCAGGAACACGUCAACAGCGACAACGGCAUCAGCUGGUUCUGCGAAGGCGAUAGUGAUGAAGAGAAGGACGACGCUGCUUUCCCAACCAAGACCUGCUCAACCCAUCUGCAGAUGCUCCUCGUGUUCCCCAACUGCGCCAACCCCGAGACAUUCAAGUCUGCCUAUAGCAAGAACCCCGACUGGUACGAGGGCUACGGCGAGAAUUAUUGUCCGCACGGAAUGUAUCGCAUUCCACAACUGCGCUUCUCCAUCCGGUACGACUUGCGCACACUACUGCCUGAUGGAUGGGAGGGACAACCCCCUCUAGAACUUGCCUGUGGACCAUCCUACUGCAGCCACGGCGAUUUUAUAAAUGGCUGGCUACCUGAGGCCGCGGAGUAUAUGCUCAAGGAUACUUCGCAGCGCGACUUUUUCCAGAUCGAGGGUCCAUUAGGCUCGGGUGAUCAAGGCACUGCGUGUACUGAGACACCUCAAGAUUGUGACCCUGAUCAUGGAACCAGCGAUUACCUUGAAAGUCUGAAGAUGAUGAGCAAUUCUACUAUUCAGACUCGCGCAACCGACGCUAAGACUGCUGCUGGUCGUGCUACCCCGCGGAGGCGUCAUUCCCUUCAUCAUCACCGGUUCUAG